CUCAGAUGGCGUUAUUGGCUGAGGGGCCGGGUAUAAGUACGCCGCUGCGUAUCUCAUGUACGGCACCACCACACGCAGACCAUCCCGACCAUGGCUGUCCCCCGCGCAUCGGCCGACUCCGCUGCGCCCUCGUCCCCGUCCUCCAUCGCCAAAGUCUCAUUCGAAGACCUGCCCAAACGGCCAGCCGACGCCUCCAAUCUCGUCGACGGCGCGCCCCCGGAGCUGCGGUGGACCAGCUGGCUGCUGCGCCUCGCGCGGGGCAAGCAAUCCGUGCCGGAUCCCGACGCGACGGCCACGCGACGGUCGGUGUUCGACGACCCGGAGCUGGCGGCGCACUACCAGCCGACGGCAGGGUACGAGAACCGGCACCGCUUCGAUCCGGCGGCGCGGUGGACGUACCGCGAGGAGCGCGCUCUCGUGCGGAAAAUCGACUGGAAGGUCAUGCUGUGGGCCGCGAUCAGCUUCUCUGCGCUCAACCUCGACCGGAGCAAUAUCAGCCAGGCGAACACGGACAAUCUCUUGGGCGAUCUGAAGCUCACCACGAACGAUUUCAAUUGGGGUAACAGUAUCUUCCGAUUUGCGUUCCUUCUUGCGGAGCUUCCUUCGCAGCUGGUGUCUAAGCGUGUUGGGCCUGACCGAUGGAUCCCCACUCAGAUGGUUCUGUGGUCGAUCGUGACCGCGUCUCAAUUCUGGCUGAACAACCGCACAUCCUUCUUUGUCACGCGUGCUCUGCUUGGCUUCAUCCAGGGAGGAUUCAUCCCGGAUCUGAUUCUGUACCUCUCUUACUUUUAUACGAAACACGAGUUGCCGCUGCGACUGGCGCUGUUCUGGAUGUCGUCCAAUCUGUGCAACAUCGUCGCCAGCUUCCUUGCGUUCGGCAUCCUCCGCAUGCGAGGCAUCUUAGGACGCGCAGGGUGGCAGUGGCUCUUCCUUAUCGAAGGCUUGCUGACGCUCGUCGUGGGCAUCGCCACAUUCUUCAGAAUGCCGCCGUCCCCAACACAAACGAAAGCCUGGUUCCGGCCCAAGGGGUGGUUCACGGAGAGAGAGGAGGUGAUCGCCGUGACCCGCGUGCUGCGGGACGACCCGACCAAAGGCGACAUGCACAACCGCGAGGGUCUGACUCUGAAGCGCCUCUGGACGGCCGUGUGCGACUACGAUCUGUGGCCGCUGUACAUCAUCGGACUGAUGUUCGGCAUCCCGACCACGCCGCCCGCCACGUAUCUCACGCUCAGCUUGCGCAAGCUCGGUUUCUCAACGUUCCAGACGAACCUGUUGACCAUCCCGAGUACCGUCGUGGGCAUGUUCACGAUGUUCGGGAUCACGAUGAUCUCCGAGGUGAGGGACGACCGGUCGCUGGUCUCGAUGGCGCAGGACCUCUGGACCCUCCCGUUCCUGGUGGCCAUCUAUGCUCUGCCAGCCAAACCCAACCAAUGGGUCUAUUUCGGUCUCGCCACGGGCUUGCUGUCCUACCCGUACACGCAUCCCAUCCAGGUCGGCUGGGCGUCGCGUAACUCGGGGGCGGUCGCCAGCCGGACGGUCAAUGCGUCCAUCUACAACAUGUUCGUCCAGGCAUCCGCCGUCAUCGGGUCGCAGAUUUACAGGGCCGACGACGCACCCCGUUAUCUUCGCGGGAACCGCAAUCUCGUGAUCAUCAACUGUGUGAACGUGUUCGUGAUGUACCCCGCUACCAAGGCGUAUUACAUCUGGCGCAACCGCCAGCGCUCUAGAAUCUGGGAUGCUAUGACUGUGCAGGAGCAACAACACUACCUCAGCACGACGAAAGACGUCGGGAACAGGAGACUCGACUUCCGGUUCGCACAUUAGGUGCUCGCAUCCAAGGGUGUAU